AUGUUGUCAACGGAAAAAUAUGAAUUUGAUCCUAGUUAUCGUGGACAAACAGGAUCUAGUAUAGGUGUAUCUACUGUUGGUUUUCGUUCAAAUAAAUACAAUCCUAAUGAAUGGCACGAAAAUAAUUAUGCUAAAUAUUAUCAAUCAUUUACUGAUCGCGAUUUAUCAGAAAAGCAACGUUGGCAAGCAACACGAACCGAGAAUGAAACACUUGUACUUUCACAACAAACACAAGCUUUAUCAACAAAAAAAUUACAACAACGAUUACAUGACAUUAAUUUUUGGAAAUUUGAACUUAAUCGUAUGAUUGAAGAUAUACGUAAUGAAACUGAUUUAUUAAUAGCACAAAAGAAACGUUUAACGAAUUCAUUGGAUGCAACGGAAGCUCCACUUCAUAUUGCAACAGAAUGUUUAGGUAAUCGUGAUCGCCGUUAUGGAGAAGAUCGUGUUUGUGAUGCAGUUGAAGUUGGUCUAUUAAAAGAAGUUGAAAUUAUUAAUAAUGUACAAAAUCUUUUACGUCAAACAAUUAUGACGGCUGAACAACAAAUUAGAGCAAAUCGUAAUGCUAAACAAAAUCUUGAAAUGGAUUGGAGUAAUAAAUGGGAAGCAGCUGUUGCUGAUGCUAAAGCAACAAAUCGUCGUAAUGAAGAUGUCGAUAUAAUGUUUUAUCCAGGUGUUGCUCGACAUUAUGACAAUCAAUCAACACCUGAAUCUUGGGCACAAAAUUCUCAUGAUAAUAUUGUUAAUGGUCAAAAUCAACUAAUGGCUUCAAUACAAUUACGUGCAUUGAUUGAUAGUAUACUUAGUGAUAUUUCACGUGAUAUGCGUGAACAAGCUGAUGUUGUUGAAACAGAAUUUGCACGACGAAUCUCUGAAAUGUCUGAUGCAAUGCAAAAAAUGAUUCAGAAUAGCCGUGAAACAUUAAAAGCUAUUGCUGAUAAUGAAAAGAAAAUUGAUAUGCUUCGUGCUUCAAUACGUGCUAAAGAAGCACCACUUAAGGUAGCUCAAACUCGUUUGAAUGAUCGUCGUGCUCGACCUGGUAUUGAAUCAUGUCAUGAUCCAGCGCAAGACCAUUUGAUCGGUGAAGUUUAUCAACUAUCACAAUCAGUUGAUAGUCUUACUGGAGAAUUGCGAGAAGCUGAAUCAAAUUGGAAAAAACUUCGUGAUGAUCAUCAAAUGCUUGCGAAAGAAAUUGAAAUGAAAAAAAAUAGUCUCUAUAUUGAUCAACAAAAGAGUAUGGCAAUUCGAAUGCGUUAUCCAAGUGUUCAACGACUACUGGGUUAUAAUGCGCAUCACUCAACUAACUAUCCAAAAUAUUUUUUAUAUUUCUUUUGGAUUAUUAUUGGCACAAUUAUAAUUUAUUUAUCAUUUACUAAUUUAUAUUUUUAUAUCUUACAAUCAGCACAAACACAUAGACCAAUAUCAUUAUAUGCUCAUAAAAACGUUCAUUUCGUACCUAGUUUUAUUAAAAUAAAAAAAAGUUUAGAAUUUUCGCAAUCAUUAUUUGAAUCUCGUACUUCUCCUUAUCAUCCUCAUUUACCUAUACAUAUUUACACUCAAAAUUUAUCAUUUUUAAGAAAUAUAUCAAAACUUAUUUUAUUAGGAAAUCCAUUUUUUGGUGAUGAAACAUGGGGUUUACAUACAAUAGAAAAAUCAUCAACAGAACCUAUGAAACAACUUCUAUGUCCAUAUUUGGCUCAUAAUUGUUAUAUAACAAUUGAUAAAAAACGUUUUUCUCAAGCCGAUGCCGUUGUUUAUCAUGUACGUGAUCCUAUUAAUAAAAAACAAGCAGAAAAGAAUCGUCAUCCAGAUCAACGUUUUGUAUUUGCUCUUUGGGAAUCACCAACACAUACGCCUAAGCUAAAAUCUUAUAAAGCAUUUUUUAAUUGGACAAUGACUUAUCGAUUUAAAUCGCAUAUAAUAGCAUCUUAUUAUUCAUCAAAUGCUUAUAUACAUACUUCAAGUGAUUAUUAUCAAUUUAUGUUAGAAGAAAAUGCAACAAAAAAUCUUAAUUUAAAUUUUAAAAAACACGACCAUCAACUUUCAGAUGAAAUAUUAGCGAAUAAAAAUUUAGGUAUAGUUGCUGCAUUAAUAUCGAAUUGUGGUGGUAAAAGUCGACGUUUACAUUUGAUACGCCAUUUAAAACGUUACAUUGAUGUUAAAGUUUAUGGACGAUGUGGUGAAAAAUGUCCUGAAAAUGUUGAUUGUCGUGAAUUUAUUGCAAAAAAAUAUUAUUUUUUUCUCAGUUUUGAAAACAGUCUUUGUACAGAUUACACAACGGAAAAAUUCUUUUCUACACUUGAAUAUCCAAUUGUACCUGUUGUUUAUGGACGAACAAAUUAUUCUUAUUUUAUUCCAUCAUCUGGUUUUAUAGAUGUAAAUGAUUUUCCUAAUUUAACUUCUUUAGCUCAAUAUCUUAAACAAACUCGUUAUAAUAAAGAAAAGUACUUAUCAUAUUUUUCAUGGAAAAAGGAUUUUAUAUGGGGUAUAGCUCAAUUUCUCACACCGUUUUGCGAUCUUUGUUUACGUUUACAUCUUGAUUCAACACCAAAUGUAAUCGAUGAUAUAGAUGCCUGGUGGAAUGAAAACGCAUGUCAAGGACCGCGAACAUUUAAAUCGUAA